AUGUCUCUAAAACGGCCACAAUUCUAUCCAAACACUCUUCAGCCUCUCCAGAUUGAUCAAGAGACCCUACUGAAGACUCUUCAAGAGCUCCGGGUUGCGAUCCGCGAAGGAGUCCAGCUCAUCCAUGCAGGUGACCCGCCCGUAGGCGAGUAUGACGGACGGGGGAUCUUCAGCGGGAACUUAGGUUGGUCAAAAAGCUUCACACCUGAUGAUAUGCCUUCGCUGCCUGAUUUUCGAACGCUUGCCAGGCAACGAAUUCCCACCCAUGGUCCAGAUAUACCUCUCCAGGUCGGACGGCUAUCGCCCUUGCCGUCGAAUUCCCCCAUCGCCGCGCUAGUGAUGCGGAUUUUGGAAAAGGCCACGGCUGGAGAGACGGCACUGGGGAUCUCUCAAAGCGAUAUAGCGUGUCUGGAAGAGGCAGUGGAGUUGGCGCUUAGCCAUGGACCUCUGGCGUUCUAUCAUGGCCACGAUAUGGGUGCCGACGAGAUUCUCUUCGGCAGAGCCGGGCUGCUGUGGGCAAUCGUGCAUAUAAGGACCCAUGUCUUUGAUUCCGAGACCAGACAGAAAUUCCUGCCUAUCUUCGAGGCGGUUCCCGAACUUAUUGAUGUGAUUAUUGCAUCGGGGAGACAGGGGGCUGCGGAAUAUGUCCGGGCGCAUGGCGAUGAGGAUGCCCUUCCUCUGAUGUGGCCGUGGCAUGAGGGGUACUAUGGACUGGGAGCGGCUCAUGGAAUGACUGGUAUCUUGUGCGUAUUGCUGGCCUGUCGGCUUGAAGAGCUUGACGAGGGAACUGCACGAAACUAUCUACCAGCAAUUGCAGGGACUAUUACUGGUCUGUGUCGAGUGUGUAUCGCUCACAACGGUCACCUUCCUACAUCGAUUCCACCACGUGAGUCCUCUAGAAGCUCGCCCCUAGUGCAGAUCUGUCAUGGGAGCCCUGCCGUCCUGAUGCUUUUGGCAUGUGCACGGAGAGAUGCGUACCUGACCUGCCGCUACUGGCAGCAGGAAUGGGACGAAGCCAUUUAUCUUGCCAGUGAAAGCGUAUGGGAAGAAGGACUUCUUUCCAAAGGCGGCAGUCUCUGCCACGGCAUUGCAGGCAACGCAUGGCCUCUGCUUCUCCUGCACGACUGCUUUGAGUAUGACCAAGAUGAUAUGGACAUAGCGAGAAGGAACUACCAAGAGCGACAGCAAGGCACAGACAUCUCGGUGACCAGGGGGGGUGUCCUUUCAGGUGACUAUUUCCUUUCGAGGGCCCUCGCCAUGCUCUUGCAUUCUCGAGAAACACAGCCUUUCAAACAGUCCCCGGAGACAGCGUUGAAUGAUUAUCGGAUGCCUGAUAGCCCCUAUAGUCUCUUUGAAGGUCUGUCCGGGAUUAUCUGCGCAUGGGCUGAUGCCUGCGCGGUGAUUCGGGCUCGAUUGCGGAAGAUGCAGCUGGAAACGGACGGCUCGAUUGCGGACAUGGCGCUGGAGAACGAUGAGUUAUUUGAAGAGUGCAUGCUUCAACAACUGGGUUUUCCCUUUCUCGGAGGUCAUGGACCUAGUGGUUUACUCUAA